AUGGGGCCCUGCAGCAACCCACGCCUGGGGCUCCCCGGGGCGGAGUCGGCCUCCCAGCCCCCCAAGAGGAGGAAGAAGAGAUACCUGCGGCAUGACAAGCCCCCCUACACCUACUUGGCCAUGAUCGCCCUGGUGAUCCAGGCCGCACCCUCCCGCAGGCUGAAGCUGGCCCAGAUCAUCCGUCAGGUCCAGGCCGUGUUCCCCUUCUUCAGGGACGACUACGAGGGCUGGAAGGACUCCAUCCGCCACAACCUCUCCUCCAACCGAUGCUUCCGCAAGGUGCCCAAGGAUCCUGCGAAGCCCCAGGCCAAGGGCAACUUCUGGGCGGUCGACGUGAGCCUGAUCCCCGCCGAGGCGCUGCGGCUGCAGAACACGGCCCUGUGCCGGCGCUGGCAGAGCAGGGGCGUGCGGGGGGCCUUCGCCAAGGAUCUGGGCCCCUACGUGCUGCACGGCCGGCCCUACCGGCCGCCCAGUCCCCAACCUCCGCCUAGCGAGGGCUUCAGCAUAAAGUCUCUGCUAGGGGACCCCGGGGAGGAGGCGCCACGGAGCAGCCCAGGUCUGGCAGGCUCCACGCGCAGUGGGGAGGACGUGGUGCCCACUCAGCCCCUGCCCUCUGAGAGGUCUCUGUGGCCCCUUUGCCCCCUCCCCGGGCCCAUGAGAGCAGAAGGGGAGGCUUCCCAGGGGGGAACCAGCAGGCCCUCGCCCCUUUCCCCUCAGCCCAGAACCUGGCCCCUCCACUUACUGCAAGGUACCCCAGACUCUGGGGGACUGUCCAGUGGGGGCCACAGGGCCUCACUUUGGGGGCAGCUACCCACCUCCUACUUGCCCAUCUACACUCCCAACGUGGUAAUGCCCUUGGCUCCACUACCACCCACAUCCUGUCCCCAGUGCCCACCAUCAACCAGCCCAGCCUACUGGGGGGUGGCUCCUGAAACCCAUGGCCCCCCAGGGCUGCUCUGGGAUCUAGAUGCACUCUUCCAAGGGGUGCCACCCAACAAGAGCAUCUACGAUGUGUGGAUUAGCCACCCCCGGGACCUGGCUGCCCCCACCCCAGGCUGGCUACUCUCCUGGUACAGCCUGUGA